AUGCUAGCUAAUUUUUUAGGUGUCUUAUCUAUCCUCACCGGCUUCAUGGACAUUGACUUAAAUAAAUUCAAGGAGAGUGGAGCAAAUGUGACAGGUUUCCAGUUGGUGAACUACACAGACACCAUCCCUGCCAAGAUCAUGCAGCAGUGGAAGAACAGUGACGCUCGAGACCACACCCGGGUAGACUGGAAAAGGCCUAAGUAUACCUCUGCUCUCACCUAUGAUGGGGUAAAGGUGAUGGCUGAGGCUUUCCAGAGUCUGCGGCGGCAGAGGAUUGACAUAUCCCGCCGGGGGAAUGCCGGGGACUGUCUAGCUAACCCAGCUGUGCCCUGGGGCCAGGGGAUCGACAUCCAGAGAGCUCUGCAGCAGGUGCGGUUUGAGGGUCUGACAGGAAAUGUGCAGUUCAAUGAGAAAGGACGCCGGACCAACUACACCCUCCAUGUGAUUGAAAUGAAGCAUGAUGGCAUCCGAAAGAUUGGUUACUGGAAUGAAGAUGAUAAGUUUGUUCCUGCAGCCACUGAUGCCCAAGCUGGCGGGGAUAACUCAAGUGUUCAGAACAGGACAUACAUUGUCACUACAAUCCUAGAGGAUCCUUAUGUGAUGCUCAAGAAGAAUGCCAACCAGUUUGAGGGCAAUGACCGCUACGAGGGCUACUGUGUAGAGCUGGCAGCAGAGAUUGCCAAGCAUGUAGGCUACUCCUACCGUCUUGAGAUUGUCAGCGAUGGAAAAUAUGGAGCCCGAGAUCCUGACACAAAGGCCUGGAAUGGCAUGGUGGGAGAGCUGGUCUAUGGAAGAGCAGAUGUGGCUGUAGCCCCUUUAACUAUCACCUUGGUUCGGGAAGAGGUUAUAGACUUCUCCAAGCCAUUUAUGAGCUUGGGGAUCUCUAUCAUGAUAAAAAAGCCACAGAAGUCCAAGCCGGGAGUCUUCUCUUUCCUGGAUCCUUUGGCUUAUGAGAUUUGGAUGUGCAUCGUUUUUGCCUACAUUGGAGUGAGUGUUGUCCUCUUCUUGGUCAGCCGCUUCAGUCCCUAUGAAUGGCACAGUGAAGAGUUUGAGGAAGGACGAGACCAGACAACCAGUGACCAGUCUAAUGAGUUUGGGAUAUUCAACAGCUUAUGGUUCUCUCUAGGAGCCUUCAUGCAGCAAGGAUGUGACAUUUCUCCCAGGUCAGUUGGCUCCUCUUAA